AUGGCCGCCAUCGAUAAAUGCCUGGCCUCUAUGGCCAGGCUGAGCUUGUCACAAACCUCCCGCCCGACAGCGUCAAUGGUGUCGCGUUGCCUGGCCCCAGCAGCUCUUCUGCAAACCCGCCAAGCCUCUGUUGUCCGUAUCAAGAAAGGCCCUGUCAAGAAGAAGUCGGUGCCGAAGGAAUACAAACGCCACAACCUCGACAAGACCAACUUUCCUAGAUUCUCGCUUGUUGAAGCUAUGAGAAUCCUCCGCGCAUACGAAGUCGGCCAGCCUCCCGCCUCGAUCAAAUACGACCUCGCCAUCAACCUCAAGACGGCGCGCAACGGACCCGUCAUCAAGAGCAACCUGCGCCUGCCACACCCCGUCGGCACCGACUGGCGCAUCGCCGUCAUCUGCAAGGAGGGCAGCGAGGUGGCCACCGCGGCCUCCGCGGCGGGCGCCGUGGCCGUCGGCGAGGCGUCCCUGUUCGAGCAGAUCCUCAAGGAGGACAUCAACUUUGACCGGCUACUGUGCCACGAGGGCAGCGAGAAGGCGCUACAAAAGGCCGGCCUGGGCCGCAUACUCGGCCCCAAGGGCCUGAUGCCCUCGGCGCGCAUGAAGACCAUCGUCAGCGACGUGGCCAAGGCCAUCCGCGACACCGCCGGUUCGGCCGACUACCGCGAGCGCAUGGGCGUCGUGCGCCUGGCGGUCGGCCAGCUCGGCCACACGCCGGAGCAGCUCAAGGCCAACAUCUCGGCCGUGCUGGCCAAGAUCAAGGCCGAGUGCGCGGAGAUCUCGGAGGAGUCGCACAAGGAGAUCCACGAUGUCAUCCUGAGCACGACAAACGGGCCUGCCGUCAGCUUAAGCGGCAGGCUGGCGAAUGAGGAUGACAAGGUCACCGCUGAACAAUUAUCGAGCGCCAUCAUUACAGUCCCGCGCCAGUGCCAUCAACACAUUCGGCGUGCUUCCCACAAGUCCCUGUAUUUGCUCGUCCUCGUCUUCAUCCUCCUCUUCGCUGCCCUGGUCGUCCUCAUCGUCCUCCCCGUCUGUCGCCGUCUUCGUUGCAGUGCUCAGCGCCAGCCUCUCCUCCAGCGAGGUCAGACGCUCCGCCACCUCGACCAUGGACCUGCCGAGCUCCACGUCCCCGCGGAUGAUGCGCAGCUCCGCCGUGAGCGCGUCCGCGUCCGCGCGUCUGGCGGUCACGCGGGCGCGGACGUCCUCGACGGCGCGGCGGAAGCCCAGCAGCGAGACACGGACAUCCUCGACUCUGUCGUCGCCGCCGCGGAGGUCGGUGCCGAGGGAGAGGAAGGUGGUGGAGUGGGCGUUGACGAGCUCGAGCAGCUCGCCGCUGAUGGCGGCGCUGCGGUCGCGCAGGUCAGCGCGCAGGUCCUCGAGCGUCUGGUGGCGGUGCGGCAACGCGGACAGGUCCCCGCUGCCUUUGCUGCCACCCUUUCUGCGGAAAAGGGGAGUUCAUCUUCUCCGUCUACAUCUAUGGAUCCGGAGUCUCACAUGGGCGAGAAUGACUGGGAGGAGCUUCCCCAAAACCAGAGUCUACACGGUGCGGUAUCGGAUGAGACACCAGCGUCAGUGCGAGUCAACGCUAUACGGGGCCCAAGAUAA